AAAACACACCCAAUCUAUACACUGACAUAGAGAGAUUAACAUCUCAAAACCGAAGACUCAACCCUAGCGACAAUUAUAAGAUCAAAGAAGAAGGAACAAACCUACUAGGCUUCUUCGAUAAUGGCGUUCCCUUCUCGUCUCUUAUCCAGAUCCAAGCAGCUCUAUGGCAGUCAAGUCAUUCUACAACAGGAUCACGCUAUUCCUGUCCGUUACUUUGCCAAAAAAGCUGAUCCUCCAAGUCAAAAAGGAGAUAGUCCUCCAAGGCUUAAGGGAGAUGAGUUGUUAAAGGGCAUAUUUCUGGAAGUCAAGAAGAAAUAUGAGACAGCUGUUGGAAUACUUAAGAAGGAGAAGAUCACCAUUGCUCCCGAGGAUCCUUCAGCUGUUUCUCAAUAUGCGAAGAUCAUGAAGACAAUUAGAGAGAAGGCUGGUUUGUUCUCUGAGUCUGAAAGAAUUAAAUUCACUAUUGAGACACAAACCGUCGAUAUUCCAGAUGCUCGGACAUAUUUGUUGACAUUGAAGGAAAUUCGAAUCAAGAGAGGUCUCAUUGAUGAACUUGGUGCUGAAGCCAUGAUGAUGGAUGCUUUGGAGAAAGUUGAAAAGGAAAUCAAGAAACCUCUAAUGAGGAAUGAUAAGAAAGGAAUGGCUCUUCUAUUGACAGAAUUUGAUAACAUUAACAAAAAGCUUGGAAUUCGGAAGGAAGAUCUUCCCAAGUAUGAAGAAGAGCUAGAAAACAAAAUUGCCAAAGCACAAUUAGAGGAGCUGAAAAAGGAUGCUCUUGAAGCCAUGGAAACCCAAAAGAAGAGGGAAGAAUUCAAGGAUGAGGAGGUUCCGGAUGUGAAAUCUUUGGACAUCAGAAACUUCAUCUGAGAUAGUGAAAUGCUUGUUCAUGAGUUUGUUUUGAUGUUAAACAAAUUAUUCCGAACCGACACAAAGGGGACCACUGCCUGCUUAGGAUGUGGGGAUUAUUACCUCAUCUGUUUUGCUUCUUGAUAAUAAAAAAAGGACCUUUGCAGUACAACUGCGGCAGCUGAGUAGAUAUCGUUGCUGUUUUCUGUAUUCCAUGUUAUUGCCAGGAAGAGCUGGAAAUAUGUUGUCGCUGCUUUUGCUGUAAAAUGAUAUUUCAUUUCAGGAAGUUCUCCCUGAAAACAUUUCUUUUCCAGGACCUGUUGGUUUCCCAAUUUCUAAUACAUAACCAAACUAGCGUUUUUGUGGCCCUUUUCCCGUUA